GCUAUCCCGGCGGGCUGCGCGCGCGGCGGCGUUUGAAUGGCUCUGAGUGGGGCCCGGCCCUGCAGUAGAGGGACGCUUUAGGCUGUCCUGCGGCAGUUUGCCAGCGCCGGCUCUGGGGUGAGGCGCUGCGGUACCAUGAGGCGCCGGUAUUUAAGAGAUUAUGGCAUCUGAAACCCACAAUGUUAAAAAACGGAACUUUUCUAAUAAUAUUGAGGAUCAUUCCAUUGGUCUUCCUAGAAAAAAAAUCUCUAAUUUCACCAAUAAGAACAUGAAGGAGGUUAAGAAAUCUCCAAAACAGUUGGCUGCUUAUAUAAAUAGAACAGUUGGACAAGCUGUGAAAAGCCCAGAUAAACUACGAAAGGUGAUCUAUCGCAGAAAGAAAGUUCAGCAUCCUUUUCCAAAUCCUUGUUACAGAAAAAAACAGUCCCCUAUAAGUGGGGGCUGUGACAUGGCAAAUAAAGAAAAUGAACUGGCUUGUGCAGGCCACCUACCUGAAAAAUUACACCAUGAUAGUCGAACAUAUUUGGUUAACUCCAGUGACUCUGGUACUUCACAGACAGAAAGCCCAUCAUCUAAAUACAGUGGGUUUUUUUCCGAGGUUUCUCAGGAUCAUGAAACAAUGGCCCAAGUUUUGUUUAGCAGGAAUUUGAGACUGAAUGUAGCUUUAACUUUCUGGAGAAAGAGAAGUAUAAGUGAACUUGUAGCUUAUUUGGUGAGGAUAGAAGAUCUUGGAGUUGUGGUAGAUUGCCUGCCUGUACUCACUAAUAGUUUACAGGAAGAAAAACAAUAUAUCUCACUUGGCUGCUGUGUAGACUUAUUGCCUCUUGUAAAGUCAUUACUUAAAAGCAAAUUUGAAGAAUAUGUGAUAGUUGGUUUAAACUGGCUUCAAGCUGUAAUAAAAAGGUGGUGGUCAGAACUAUCAUCCAAAACAGAAAUUAUAAGUGAUGGAAAUAUUCAGAUUUUAAAACAACAAUUAAGUGGCUUGUGGGAACAAGAAAACCAUCUUACUUUGGUUCCAGGAUAUACUGGUAAUAUAGCUAAGGAUGUAGAUGCUUAUUUAUUACAGUUGCAUUGAGAUAUUUCGUCUACUAAAGAGCAUUUGGUUAUUCAAAACAUCCUGGAUUAUAUGAUUUCCAAAAAUAAGUCUCUUCUGAGAACUAUGAACUGUGGAAGAAACUGAAACCAUUUUUUCUUUUAAAAAGCCACGUAAUGAAACCACUAAUGAAAACCUAACAAUCUACUUCACAUUGAAGUGGAAAAAUAUCCAAACGGAGCAGCUUCAACUUCAAUGAGGUGAAAGUGCACUACAAAGAUUGUUCGCCUUUGCUGCAUUUGGGAUUUAUGUGGUUAUCUGGUAACAUUGUUUAAGAACUACUGGUCUUAAUGCAGUCCUGCAUAAGAAUAUAAUUUAUACUAUGUGAAAAAAUAAGGCAGGACUUAUUACUAGGAACCACAAAGACCAAUCAUUAUUAGUUUUUUAUUGUGUUUUAUAAAAAAACACUUGAAUGUGUGCAGCUAUUUUCUUAUGUUGAAUAAAUUUCAAAGUUUAAAACAUCAUAGUAAAUAAUCAAUAUUAAAAAUGUUUUGUCCACACUGA